AUGGAUAUCUAUACGACGUCGUUUACCCAUCCUCGUACUGGGCCGAGCGCAUCCUACUCGCCGGCGUCCUCGAUUGACUUUACGCCUGAGCUGCGCACGCCCCAGACGGCCUAUUCCCCGGUCCGCCGCCCGGUCCGUGCCAGCUCCCAUGUCGCAGAGAUCAUGCCCGACGCUGUCCAGGCCGUCUGCAUCGAUGCCAUGCAGCAGCACGGCUGUCUCGUCACGUACACCCGUGCCGACGAUGCCCGCGCCUGGAACUUCCACCUCUCCGGCGCCUAUGCACAGGUCAUGGCUGCCAGGGGGCACAUCAUUCGCGAGUGUCCGGUCCAGGUGCGCGCGGCGAUCAAGGUCGCUCGACACGAGAUACUCGACUCUCCCACGUCCUCUCCUGCCCUCAAGGCCGAUGUCCGCCGGCGACUGGACGACAUUGCCGGUCAGACUCUGGCCCACAUUGCCGUUGUCAAUGCCUCUGCCACACUCAAUUCCGUUCCCGUUCCCGACGGCAUCAACUCACAGGCAUGGAGCGGUCUCGAGCCAGAGCGCAUGUGCGAGCUCGUCGUCACCGGCACCCGCGAGGCCGUUGCCGUUGCCCGUCUCCGUCUCUUGGUCAUGAUCGAUGAGCUCAGCGGCCUCCAUGCCGACAGUUGCGACAUUGACCACAAGCUUCAUCCCAUCAUCGCCGGCCGCAAGCGCUCAGUCAUACAGACCAUCCAGGAAGAAACCGCAACGAAUAUCUACUUUCCCAGCGCUCUCGUCGGUCUCAAUGUCCACAUGGUCCCCUCUGCAGGUCCUGCCAAAUCCCAUCUCAACACCAUUUGGAUUACCGGCGAGUUUUUCGGCGUUCAACGCGCAAAAGACAUGCUUGUCCAAGUCGCCGCUCUCAAGGGCAAAUCUCUCAUUUCCCGUGAUACCGCCGUCUUGCCUCGCAAACUCGAUUGGAUGCUCCUCGAGCGUCUCGACGAGCUCAAGUCCAUCAUGGCUGACAAUGGCACAUUCAUCAAUCUUCCUCCCGUCGGUAGUCAGGCCAGUUUGGUCAGCGUAUUUGGCGAUCAUCGCGUGAAUAUUCAGCGUACAUGUCGUGCCGUCAUGCAAUUGGCUUGCCAAUUCUAUGUGGCGUCUUUUUGGCUUUUGCCCGUGCACUACAAUGUCCUCAUGCCAGUGGCUACCCUCAAUCCCGCAAGCAUGCCCGGAGUUUUGAAGCGCAUUGCCGGCCAGUCGGGCGCAGAGGUCGUCUUCAAGAGCAAUUGCUUCGAGAUGCACGGUCUCGAGCACGAGAUCGAACUUGCAAACGAGCAUCGAGAUUUUAUCAGCGGCAAGAAGAACGGCAAGAUCAACAAGAUUAUGCAAAUGGCCAAUGUCAAGAUCAAGUUUGAGACCUUUAAUGAAUUCAAUUUCCUCAUGGAUCUCUCGGGCAAUGAUGCCAGCGUCAUUUCGGGCUUGGUUUUGCUUCAAGAAGAGCUCCCCGCCGAGAUUUCGUUCCAUGUCCCCGAGACUUACCACAAGCGCAUUAUCGGUGUUGGCGGGCGCAGCAUUCAGCGUAUCAUGAAAAAGUAUGGUGUGUACGUCAAGUUUUCUAAUGCCGAAGAGUUUGCGGCUCUGGGCGGUUACGGCGACAAUGAGGACAAUGUCAUUGCCCGUACCCCGGCCAAGAAUGCCAUCAACCUUGACAAUCUCAAGCAAGCCGACAAGGACUACGUAAUCGAGACCGUCUCGAUUCCGCGCCGCUACCACCGCACCCUGCUGGGCGAAAAAAGCAUCUUUAUCAAGGACAUUGAGACCAAGACCAACUCCAAGGUUCGUUUCCCAGACAAGGAAUCUGCCUCGGAUGCCGUCGCCAUUUUUGGACCCGAAAGUCAAGUCCACGUCGCCUCUGCAAUGCUCUUGGAUCACGUUCCGUUUGAAGCCGACAUGGUCGUCCCACCUCACUCGGAGCUUGCUUCAAUCGUCCAAUCUACCGAUUACCUCUCGUUUUCCGAAACCUGCAAGCGUGAUUACCAAGUCGUCAUUGUCCCCCAAAUUCCGGCGAGCGGUUCUGGAGAGCGCCCGAGCUUCAAGUUUAGAUGUCAGAGGAGCAACAGCGACUUUUUGGCCACGGCGCGCGAGCAGCUCGAGGCGUUUUUGGUCAGCGCUGGCAUCGAGGUCUACCCCUCGACCAUGGGCAAGCGAGCAGACUCGUACAUUACCGAUGCGUUCCCACAUUUCGGAAGCAAGCUGCUCUCAACUACGGCGCCGACCGCAUCUGCUGCGAGCACCGUUUCCGCUAGUUCGGACUUGGUCGAGUUUCCCCGCACGGGCGAUGGAUACGAGCGUCGUAUCCGUUUGGCGAGCUCUACCCCUGACGUCAAGGCCUUGUUCAAUAACCCGUCGUACGUGUACAACCUACCCGAGCACGACGAGGCCGAUGAUAUCGGCUUUGGGCGCAAUUUCACGGUCUCUGGACCGCCGCUCACGGCCGACAUGUGGAGUCCCCCCAUGAAUUACCGCCCUGGGUUUUCCUUGACGCAUUCUCGCGCGAUGGAAGAUUCUGUCAAGCGCGGCUCUGACUCGCUUCUGGAGAGCAAGCUGAAGGAGCGUAUUUCCAAGCCACGGUCUCUUCAGAAUAGUGGGGGGGAUUCUGACUCGGGUAUUUCCCAUGCACAGGGCCCAAAGUCUGGACCUCACUUCGCUCACUUCGGUCGCGCGCCAGGUAUCCUCGAUCCAUACGAUCAACGAACGAUCCGUUCGGCUUCUCCGACCGACUACUCGACGACACCUUCGAGCCCCACGAGCGCUACGAUCCCUUCGUUCCCGUCUGUUAAUGGACCCGCCCCAGUCAACGGAAAUAAUAUCAACGGGCUGCCCAAGGUUUUGCCCCGCCAGACGAUGCCCCCCGGUGGGACGGACGAAAUCACCCGCGCGAUGGCCUCUGUUCGAUUCGAUUCGAUGCACUAG